GAAGUGUGCUGACCGCGGCGACGUCGGCCGUGCCACGCGAUCCAGCAUCGCCGCUACCCCGUCCAAACGUGCGACCCGGCGUGCGGAGGACACUCGACAGCCGACAACUGCGACCAGGACCCCACCCCGGAUGGCGCCCUCCUGAACCGGUGGCGCGGCCAGCGCGGCCGUCUGGUCACGUGAGUCUCUACCCGUGGAGUGGCACCCGGCUUGGUUCCAGCACUGACACUGUGCGCUCUGCGUCGGCCGUCGGGUGUCCAAGAUGUACCACCUCCUGGAAGAAAUCCGGGAUUUUUACAACAAAACGCUCGAGAGCGGAGAUGCCCGGGUCCAGGAGUGGCUGUUCAUGCAGAGCCCAUGGCCGACCCUGACCAUCUGCCUGUCGUACGCCUACCUGGUGAAGGUGCUAGGGCCCUCGCUGAUGAAGAACCGGGAGCCGAUGCAGCUGCGCUGGAUCAUGGUGGGAUACAACUUCUUCAUGGUGGCCAUCAGCCUGGUCAUCUUCCUGCUGCUGGGCUUCUACGGCUGGUUUGGACACUACAACUGGAAGUGCCAACCCGUGGACUACACGGAGAGUAGCGAGGCCAUCCUCAUGACCCAUCUGUCCUGGUGGUAUUACAUCUCCAAGUUCGUCGAGUUUGUCGACACGAUAUUCUUUGUGCUGCGCAAGAAGUUCACUCACAUCUCUACACUGCACGUCAUCCACCACGGCAUGAUGCCCAUGAGCGUCUGGUGGGGGGUCAAGUUCACGCCCGGAGGCCACAGCACCUUCUUCGCCUUCGUCAAUAGCUUCGUGCACAUCCUGAUGUACUUCUACUACGGCCUGGCGGCCAUCGGGCCCAACAUGGCCAAGUACCUCUGGUGGAAGCAGCACAUGACCACCAUCCAGAUGGUGCAGUUCAUCGCCAUCUUCGUGCACUCCUUCCAACUGCUGUUCCGGCCGGACUGCAACUACCCGCGGGGCUUCAUGUGGUGGAUUGGCUUCCACGCCAUCAUGUUCUGGUUCCUCUUCUGGGACUUCUACAAGAACACCUACUUUGCCAAGCGCCUCAAGGGGGCCGCCCUGGGACGCUCUGCCACUGCCAAUGGCCGGGCGGCCAGCAACGGUACGGCCAACGGCACCAACGGUUACCUGAAGCACGCCUCCAACGGCCGCAACGGCGGCUUCCUGGACGGCUACUGCCAGCUGAGCGGCCUGCAAGACUGGGAGGACCAGAAGCGCGACUGAGGUCCCACAGACUGCCCCCCAGGGGGCCUCCUCUGCACGGCCCAUCGGGGCCCCACACACGGCCGGGACCACGGGCCUCCCGGGCCGUGUAGGCUGCUCUAGCACUAAUUUUAUACGCGCACGGUUAGCCCGACCGGCGAGGACGACGGCGACGGCACGACCACCGGCGACGCGGGGGACGUGCGUGUGCGUGUGCGAGUGUUUUUUUUUUUUUUUUCUUCUAGGUUUGUUUGUUUUGUUUUUUUGCAAAUGACUAGUUUUGUACACAGUGUAUAAAACGCAAAGGUUUACAGUGACUGUUCCUCCGGGUGCGUGAGUGCUGUGGCGGCCCGCGACGAAGAGUAUGUGGUGUGUGCCGCUCCGGAGGUGGGGGAGGCAAUGCCCCGAGCGGGAGGCCCUCGAAAAGCGCCUCCGCACACGUGCCGGUGUCUGCCGGUGUUGCCCAACGCGGGGACCAAGCGGCACCUCCGCGGCUUCUUUUGCUCCCGGAGGCCUCCGACGGAUGCGAGUGGACGACCGGCGGAAGUUCCCUGGCCUCGUGGAUGCAGCUUGGACUUCGGGUGGGGAAUGUGCUCCCGCUCGCGUGCCCCUCGGUCCGGAGGAGUGGGGAGAGCGGGGCUACCCGCUCGUUUCAAUAAAAAAAAGGUUGGAACAAAA